AAAGAAAAGAAAAGAAAAGAAAAGAAAAGAAAAGAAAAGAAAAAGAAAAGAAAAGAAAAGAAAAGAAAAGAAAAAGAAAUCUCUUUAUUCCUACAAUGUCCCAGGAGACUGGACUUUGGAGCGUUCGUCGACCACGAGAGACCCUUGGCGGCAUUAAUCUCAAUUCUGCGAUACCUCAACCUGCAUCGGCCAUGAAGAGAUCCAACUCAAUAAGCGGAAAUGGCGGCGGCACCUAUUCCAGCAGCAACAUGCGCUCCAUGUCGGGAUCUAGGCAAUCCCUCGCGCUUGGUCGCCCUAGUCAACCUAUGUUCUCACGAUCUUCAUCUGGUACUAAUCUGCCCGAGAUGGGAAUGUCUUCUGUAAAACGAUCUUCAUUUCAGAAUAAUCCAGGCUCAACCAUCAAAAGUUACGCGUCCGGGAGUCUACCCAUGCGAUCUUCCGAGCACGAGCGUAGAAGCAGCAUCUACCGCUCCCGAACCUCCUCCAAUGGUCCCGGCAAUCACCAGAGCUUCUUCCAACAAGCACCCCAAGCUGCUGGUGUCCCGCGUGAUCCACGCCCAUUAAGGGACAGAUCCUUCCAGGCUCGAAUCGGCCAAGAGCUCCUAGACUACCUAUCCCAACACAACUUUGAGAUGGAAAUGAAGCACACCCUAUCGCAGAAUAUCAUCAAAUCACCAACCCAGAAGGACUUCAACUACAUGUUCCAAUGGCUCUACCACCGCAUCGAUCCCAGCUACCGUUUCCUGAAGAACAUCGACCAGGAGGUUCCUCCCAUCCUGAAGCAGUUGCGUUACCCCUACGAAAAGAGCAUCACCAAGUCACAGAUCGCCGCCGUGGGUGGCCAAAACUGGAGCACGUUCUUGGGUCUACUCCAUUGGAUGAUGCAACUCGCACAAAUGCUCGAGGGUUACACGUGCAACCGCUACGACGAAGCCUGUAUGGAGAGCGGGGUCGACGUAAGCGGUGAUCAUAUCAUCUUUGACUUUCUGAGCACAGCGUACCGGGAUUGGCUCGCUAUGGACGAGGAUACCGGUGAUGAUGAUGCCGAAAAGGUUCUUGCGCCGCAUGUGGAAGGUAUGGCUGCUGCUUUCGAGAGAUCCAACGCCAAGUACCAAGCGGAGCUCGAGAUGCUUGAAGGGGAGAAUGCUCGACUCGCUAGAGAGAUCGAGGACCUCGAGAAAUCGACUCCGGAUCCCCGCGUCCUUGACAAUAACUUCAAGAUAAUGGAGGAGGACAAGGUCAAGUUCGAGGAAUACAAUGCUCUUGCUCUAUCCAGAUCGGAUAAAUACGAGAACCGCACCCAGGUCUUACAGGAAGAGCUCGACAAAUUGAUGGAAGAGUUGAAGGAGGCGGAAGAAGAGCGCCGCGCAUUGCAGAAAGAAGUCGACGACCAGGGUAUAAGCAUGCAGGAUAUUGACCGCAUGACCUCGGAGCGCGAAAGACUGCAGAAGGGUAUAGAGUCUGCUACACAACGGCUUGACGAUGGCAAGAAGAGGGUAGCAGAGAAAGAAAUGGAAGCUAGCCGCAGACUAGACGAGCUGGAGCAGCUCGUGGAUAAGUACAACACUCUCGCUUACCAGAUUGGUCUUAUCCCCGCGACGGCCGUCAAUGCUAAGGGCGCAGCAUAUGAACUAUCGGUUACAGUCAAUGAGUCGGACUUCACAGGAUCUGUUAUGAAAGGCUCAUACUCGGGUGGGGGAGGAAGUGAACGGCUGCUAGCCGAUCCAGUCACCGGUUACCAGCCAGCACAUAUUCUCAACCUAGACCUGCGUGGGAACGUUAAGAACCGCUUCUUGGCUUUGAAGAAGGAGAUUUCUGAGCGACGAACCAUGGCCAUGGAUGCGAUGAUGAAGGAUCACGAUCUCCUUGACGGUAUUAAGGAGGCGAUCGAGGACAAGCGUAACGAGGUCGAGGCUCUGGAACAUAGAGUCAGAGCUGCGGGGGAAGAAUACGAAAGAACCAAGGAGGUCACUACUACACGAAAGCUAGCCUCGGAUGCGCAGAUCGAGAAGAUGGAGAAGGAACUCGCCAAGAUGCGAGCUCAGCUCACCGAAUCCGUGCAGCUAAUGGAACAGAGGGAGAUGAACACGAAUAUCGAGUACGAACAGUUGACCCUACGAGCAAACUCCCUACGCGAGGAGCUGCAUACGGAGAUCGAGAGGAUGUUAAACGACAUUAUCAAGUUCAAGGUCCAUAUCCAAAAGAACCUAGAGGACUACGAGGGAUUCGUAGCGGACGAGCUAGAGAAGGAGCUCGGCAGCGAGGAGAUGAGGGAUGAUACCCGUAACCUUGAUAUUUGAGAUUGCAGCAUCGAUUCGAAGGGGGUAUGGGUACGGCUGCUACUGCAGAAAUUUGGUUCUUGAGAUAUUGUCUUGUAGGUUGCAUGGAGUUUGGAUGGACUAUACCUAGGGUUAGGUGAGAAAUGACCGUAAUGAUGAUGACGAUGCGGUGUACGUACGUACUUUAGUAGGUUAGAUACAUACGUCCAGACAGACAGACAUACAUACAUACCUACCUACU